AUGGCAACCCUCCUCUUCUCCUUCGGUGGCCUCUUCCAAGUCUCCAUCCUCCUCGUCAACGCCAUCGCAAUCCUCUCCGAAGACCGCUUCCUCGCGCGCAUAGGCUGGGGCUCCUCCUCCGCCUCGCCCGAACCCUCCUUCGGCGGCGGUGCCGCCGGGGACAACCAAAGCGUCAAGAGCAAGAUGAUCAACCUGAUAAACUCCGUGCGCACGCUGAUGCGGAUCCCGUUGAUUUUUUUGAAUGUGUUGAUUAUUGUUUGGGCGGUGGCGUUUGGAUGA